AUGAAUUCAGCUCUCGUACAAAAUACUAUUCUAUCGCUUGUUACUACAAGUCUUACAUUUGCUGUUGUUUUUCUUCUCAAUCAUUUGCACAAAAAGAAAUCGAUUACGAAUGAAGUAUUACGCAAAGUGAUUCAUAUUGGCGCUGGAACAUUUUAUCUUGCUAUUUAUUUCUAUGAUGAUCAUGGCCAGUUUUCAAAAUAUUUAAAUAUAUUUCCAAAUCUUCUUUGGAUGUGUAUACUCAUUUGGAAGAGUCAACAUCAUUCUUCGACUCAUCAACCCCAUGAUCCUAUUCUUGAUAUAAUGACACGAAAUAAACAUCAAAGUGAACUUUUAUACGGACCACUCUUUUUCAACUCUGUUGUGGUCAUAUGUGGCACUAUCUUCUAUAAAACCAUACCUGGCUCACUUAUUAUGAGUCUAUUAACGUGGGGCGAUGGCUUAGCUGCUGUUAUCGGUGUUCGAUAUGGUAGCCAACGAAAAAUUUAUGGAAAAAAAUCAUUAGAUGGACUUUUAACCUUUUUUAUUGUUGGUAUAAUUGCUUCAAUUAUUUACAUUGCUGUUCUUGUGAAUUUACAAUCGGUGCAUCUUGUCAAAAUUUGUGUCAUAUCAUUCAUUACGGCUGUAGUCGAAACUUUGACUUCGUCCGAUGUUGAUAAUUUAACUGUUCCUUUAUCGAUUCUUGUUUCAUAUUAUUUCAUAUUUUAG